AUGGCGUCGCCGCUGACCUCCGCCGACGACGAGGCCCUCAUCGAGGAGAUUCUCGCGCGGCUCACCCUGCGCGAGAAGCUGGGCCAGAUGAUGCAGCCCGACUGGCGCACGUUCCGGUCGGCGCCGAAGCUGUCCGAGGCAGGCGCCGCCGUCCUCCCCGCGUGGGCCGGGUCGGCGGUGAAGCGCGCGCUCAACGCGCCUCUGACCGACGAGCAGUGCGACCGCUCCGUGGGCAGGCAUUGCCUCGGCUCCGUCCUCGGAGGCGGGGGCGCAUGCCCGACGCCAAAUGAGCCCUUGGCGUGGCAGGCUCAGGCCGCUGCCAUGCAGCGCGCGGCGCUGCGCGCGUCGUCGGGCUUGCCGCUGCUCGUCUGCAACGACUCCGCGAACCUUCGCGACGCGACCCUGUUCCCGCACCACAUCGGGCAGGGCUGCAUGCGGGACGAGGGCUUGGUGGAGGAGCUCGGCGCGCUCGCGGCGCGCGAGUCGGCCGCGUGCGGCAUCAACUGGAUCUUCUCGCCGUGCGCCGCGGUCGCUCUCGACUUGCGCUGGGGCAGGACCUAUGAGAGCUUCUCCGAAGACCCCGCACUGUGCGGCCGGCUCAGCGCGGCGGAGGUGCGCGGCAUCCAGCGGUGCGGCCUGCCGAUGGCGGCCUGCGCAAAGCACUGGGUCGCCGACGGCGGCACCGCGCUGGGCACGGGCAAGUUCGACAUGGGAGGGAUCGGCAAGGCGGCGGUCAAGUCGUUUGGCCUGGACCAGGGCAACGCCGACUGCGACGACGCGGAGCUGCGCGCCACACACGUCGCUCCGUACCUGCCGGCGCUGGCCGAGGGGGUGCUGACGGUGAUGGUGUCGUACUCGUCGCUCAACGGCGUCAAGUGCCACGCGAGCCGCGCACUCGUCACCGGCCUUCUCAAGGAGGAGCUCGGCCACGCGAGAUUGCGCGAGAUCACCCGAGAUGCCCCGAGAUUAGGCCUUCUCAAGGAGGAGCUCGGCUUCCGAGGCGUCGUCGGGUCGGAGGAGCGGCUUUUUGGCGACCUGACGUGGCGGAGGCAGCUCGAGGAGCUCGAGGCGGCGGUGGGGCGGGGCGACGUGCCGGCCGAGCGUGUGGACGACGCGGUGAGGCGCGUGCUGCGUGUCAAGGUCGCCUGCGGCCUGCUGCGCCGCGCCGCCGCCUCGACUCCAGCCGGAGGCGACGCUGCCGCCGCCGCCUCGCGCUGUCCGCUGUUUGACGCGGCCGUGCCUCCGAUGGGCGAUGCGGCUUGCGUCGGCUGCGAGGCGCACCGCGCGGCUGCGAGGCGCGCGGUGGCCAAGUCUUGCGUGCUGCUGGUCAACGAGGGCGGGCUCCUCCCGCUGCCGGCCGGAGAGGGAGGCCGGCCCGCCGCGGAGCUGCUGGUCACAGGCAUCGCCGCCGACAGCCUCGGCCGCCAGUGCGGUGGCUGGUCGCUCGAGUGGCAGGGCUGCGAGGGCAACGCCUUCACCACGGGCACCACCAUCGCCGACGCCAUCCGCGCCGUCCAGCCGGGUGCCAGGCUCGCGCCCUCGGCCGGCGCCGCCUCACGGCCUGUGGCGGUGGUGGUGACGGGCGAGGCGCCGUACGCAGAGGGGUUUGGCGACGUCGAGGAGCUUCGGCUGCCGCCCGCAGACGUUCGCGCCGCCGUCGCCCUCGCUGACGCCGGGUGGGCCGUGGUGCUGCUGCUCGUGACGGGCCGGCCGCUCCUCCUUCCGCCGCCGCUCCUCUCCCGCGUCGCCGCCGUUCUCGUCGCGUGGCUGCCCGGCACCGAGGGCGACGGGGUGGCAGACGUGCUCUUCGGCAGGGCGCCAGCCACGGGGCGGCUCUCCUUCUCGUGGCCGCACGCGAUGGACCAGGCUGCGGCCGCGGCGCGGCUAAAGGGGCCCCUCUUUCCGUUUGGGCACGGGCUGCAGACCAGGGCGGUGGGUUGA